GGGGUGGUCUUGAUAGUGCUGCUGUGUGCGCUGAGCGGACAGGAGCCCGGCGCUCCGGGACUGAUUGAUGGCAAUGCCAGGGUUUGGCUUUGUGCCCGGCCCCCGCCCCAGGCGCGGGACCAGCUGUGGGACAGGAACUGCCUGCGCUCGGGCCAGAGUUAAUAUUUAUGCAGGCGCAGCAAGCACGGGCGGACGUACGGGCAGCAGGCCUCCCGCCGUGGGUCCCAGAGCUGCCCCCAUGAAGAUCCCUUUUUUCUCCCUGCUUCUGCCCUUAUUGCUGCUGCUGCUGCUGUCGCCUUGGCCAGGCUGGGCCCAAACGCCAGCCACGGCCUCGCCCUGGGGUACCCGGGGCGACCUUGACUGCCCAGAGGCAUGCGCGUGCGCGCCCGGCGGCCGGGCCAACUGCUCGGCCCUUGCUCUGCCCGCUGUACCCGCCGGCAUGAACCGGCGCGUGCGCGAGCUGCUGCUGGACCACAACUGCUUGCGCGCGCUGCCGCCCGGUGCCUUCGCGGGCGCGGGCGCGCUGCUGAACCUGGACCUGCGAGACAACCGGCUGCGCUCCGUGCACGUGCGGGCCUUCUGGGGUCUGGGUGCGCUGCAGUAUCUUGACCUGAGCGCCAAUCAGCUGGAAGUGCUGGCACCCGGCACCUUUGCGCCGCUGCGCGCGCUGCGCACCCUCUCGCUGGCCAGCAACCGCCUAGCGCGCCUAGCGCCUGCGGCGCUCAGUGCGCUCCCGCUGCUGCGCGCACUCAACUUGCAGGACAACGCGCUGGCGGCGCUCGCGCCCGGCCUACUGGCCGGCCUGCCCGCCCUCGAUUCGCUGCGCCUGCGCGGCAAUCCCUGGGCCUGCGGCUGCGCGCUGCGUCCGCUGUGCACCUGGCUGCACCGGCACCCGUCGCCAGCGUCAGAGGCCGAGACGCUGUUCUGCAUGUCGCCGCAGCGCCUGACGCUCAGCCCCCUGACCGCCUUGCCAGACACCGCCUUCAGCCAUUGCACGCAGCCGCUCGCCCCACGGGACCUGGCCGUGGUCUACGCGAUCGGGCCUGCCUCUUUCCUCGCCAGCCUGGCCGCCUGCCUAGCGCUGGGCUCCGUCCUCACUGCCUGCCGUGCUCGUCGCCGCCGCCGCACCGCCGCCCGCCGCCCGCCGCGGAGUCUGCCGGACCCCGACCCCCACGGCCCUGCCUCGCCCACGGACCCUACGAGUCCCGCCGCCGCAGCUGCCCAAGCCUGAGCAGGCUGCGACUGCUCCGGGCGCCCGAAACUCCCCCUAUCCCUUGGCUUUCGCUUCACACUCCCUGCCGGCGUACCAACAAGCGACACAGACGGAAA